GUCGAAGUCGGGCAGAACAGUAAAACACUAAAAUAGUCAAUAGAACCAACAGAGAAGACUAAAGAUGUAUAGAUCACAUUACAAUAGGCCACAUCAGAGGACCUAUUCCAUGGGACCCUAUCAAGAAAGGCAAAUACAUGAUUCACAGAGGAGACUGAACGCACUGUUCCAGACAAGAAUAACUCCAAGGUUGGAGAGGAUUAUGAACAAGCAUUAUCAGUUUACCAGACCAUGGAAUCCUUUUGACCGAUGGGAAAAUCAAGCCUUGCCAAGUCUCUUACCAUCCUCUGGAAAUUUAUCUGAUUCUGUUUAUCCAGACCCUUCACCAGAUUACCAAAGCAUCGAAACCAUUCUGGCAGAAGAGCAGGACCAACAGGGUGAAGUUGAUACAUAUCCAGAUGUCGACUUGAAUGAUUCUGUAGUAACAGGUAGUGGUUACAAUACAAAAUACCACAUUUCUGAUCCAAGAAAUGAUAGUGGUUUUGGGUCCACUUCUGAUACUCCAACAUCCCUACCUAAGUCCAGAGGACUAAAUUACAUUCCCUUAGCCAGUGAAGAGAAUGGAGAGAAUGGAAACCCACCAAUGAAAAGCUGCACAGUUGUGUCAGAUUCCAAAGAUUUCAUUCCCCUAACCAGCCCAGAAACUGAGGUGGAUCAGAGCCAAGACAUUGACAGUGACGAUGAGGAUCCAGGUAUAGAUCGGUUGUUUACAGAGGAGGAAGACCAGACAUCAAGAUCUGAAUCCAGCAGCAGUCAUCCUGCAGAGACUUCAAACAAGCCUUCAUUCAAAAAUAUACAUGAUCAAAAUGCAUAUGAUGUUAAAAAUCAGAAGCGAUUUUUUAAGUGUGAUUUAUGCGACUUCAUAGCACGUAACAAAGGAUUAAUGCUGAACCAUUUUCGAAGUACUUUACACACUAGUGCUGCAGAAAUAAUGGGAUCUCAAGUGGAAGAAGUAUAUCAUUGUAAAUCUAUUAUAGACCCAGCAGCAGUGCAUUUACAUGCAAAAAAUAGAAGCAAUGUGUCUGAUUUAGCUAUCAUGUGUCCUAUAUGCUUUAAGUACUUUUCCACAAUGUACCAGUGUGCCAAUCAUGCAAAAAAGGACCACGGAGAAAAUGUUUAUGGUGUAGGAAAAGUUAUUGGGCGACAUGCAACCUAUAUACCAACAAAUUUACAAUGCCUUUGUAAUGAACAGUUUAAUAAUGACUCAAAACUUAUUAAACAUAUACAUACAUGUAAGCAUUUCCAAACUCAACCACAACCCAAUGUUUCUUUUCUCCAUGUCUGUCCAUAUUGUGUUCAGCUAUUUAUUGAUGUCAAUUCAUGUCGAACUCACAUUCAGAGUGAAAGAAAGAAACAUAAUGUACCCCAGAUUAUCGAGGUUAGCACUCUACAUGUGGCUCAUCCCACUAUCAAAAAGCCGAUGCUGCCAUACGCUUGUGGUCCCACUUUACAAGACACCUCGGAAACGCGGGUGAUUUAUCCUCACGACAAGAAGAAAGCAAUGAAGGCUUGGAGAAGAAACAAGAGUGUCACUCUGGAUGCCUACCAUAAGAAGAACCCAUUUAAAAGGACAAAAAAGCAGUGAAUCAUGAUUCACUGCUGUAAAGAAGUUGUGGAAUUGCAGAUGCGAGUUUUGUUAUGCUUCUCCAAGUUCUCCAGAACUGAGGUAGAUUUGUAGCAAGUUGCAUACUUCCUUUGUGGAACAGAAGUUACUGUGUUCUAGAUUCCUACUGAGGUGUCAAUUUGACAGCAGGUUUUAUUCGUACAAUGAAAAUUUUAUGAAUAAUUGUUUAAUUAGCUUAUUCUGUAUUCAUUAUGAAAGAUUCUGAUAGAUUACAUGCAAGAUUGGUGUACAUAUUCAGUUUUAAAUACUCUAAGUGAGAAACAGUGGUGGUUGCUACAAUUACAACUAACAAUACAGUUUGGAAUAUUUUUUAAUAUUUUUUGGUUUAAUUAAUUUUAGAAUUAACUACAGACAGUAAGUUAUGUUAUUUAAAGCUGAUUCUCAUGCUUAAACAAGUUAGAAAUGCUUCAAUUACAAGAAUGAGUUGUCUAUACAAAUUGAAUAUAUUAAAAAUUGAAGCUUUUUUCCAUUGUGUAUCAUGUCUGUACAGCAUCAAUUUACUUCUUAAAUAUUUUCUCGUUUUUAUGAACAAAACUUUAUUUCAUAUCUUUAUGAAAUGUUAGUUUUCUCUCCUUUCCAUUAUUUUAAUCAAUUUCACCACUGUUGAUUUUACAACAUUAUUUUUCAAUGAGU